AUGAGUCUCACAUAUGGCGUGGGCGGCGUUGCGUCGUUUCUGACAGUGGUGGGAGCUUAUAUGCUCUUUACCGGGAGCGGUGAAGCCUUCAAUGUCGGAGCCUUCCUCGAAUCUGUGUCCCCCUAUGCGUGGGCCGAUUUGGGCAUUGCUCUGUGCAUUGGAUUAUCUGUCGUUGGCGCUGCAUGGGGCAUCUUCAUCACCGGAUCUUCAAUUCUCGGCGCUGGCGUCAAGGCUCCCCGAAUUCGAACCAAGAACCUCAUCUCCAUCAUCUUUUGCGAAGUCGUCGCCAUUUACGGCGUCAUCAUGGCAAUCGUCUUCUCUUCCAAGGUCGACAAGACUGACGUCGUGGCCGCCGCGUCCGCCGAAUCAUACUAUACUGGGUUUGCGCUAUUCUGGUCCGGUCUGACGGUUGGACUUUGCAAUCUCGUCUGCGGCAUUGCCGUGGGCAUUAACGGGUCUGGGGCUGCUUUGGCUGAUGCUGCUGACCCGUCAUUGUUCGUCAAGAUUCUCGUCAUUGAGAUUUUCAGCUCCGUUCUCGGCCUGUUUGGGCUGAUUAUUGGCCUGUUGGUUUCUGGAAAGGCACCCAACUUCGGCGCAACUAGCUAG